AUGCCUUCUGCUCUUCCUGGUUUCCUUAUCUUGGCUACCGCCACUGGCAUGGCUAUGGCUGCUCCUGGCCUUGAUUCUGCCACAGCCAACUUGCUCGGGCCACAUCGUAUCCUCGAAGAAAUCACCGCACCAGCUUCUUGGCUAACGGUUGGCAAUCCUUCUCCGAGUUCCAUCAUGAAAAUGCAGAUUGGCCUCAAGCAAAAGAAUAUCGAGGGGCUACUCGCGAAGCUCAAUGAUAUUUCUGACCAUGAGAGCCCGAACUACGGCAAGUGGCUCUCCAAGGAGGAGGUUGAAGCAUUCACUGCCCCUGAUAAAGGUGUUGCUGAAAAGGUUCUCGGCUGGCUCAAGUCAGCUGGUAUCCCCUUGUCGGCCAUUUCUCAGCCCACCCCCGACUGGAUACAUUUCGAUGUGUCCGUUGACAAGGUCGAGGAGCUUCUCAAGACGAAAUAUCAUCUGUUCAAACAAGAGGCCACUGGUCGCACCAUCACGCGCACAACACAGUACCAGGUGCCACAGUCGCUACUUGCCAUCAUUGAUACUAUCCAGCCUACAAUCAACUUUGCUGCCAAGCGACCAGAACAACCAGUUGCUAAGGCUGCGCUUUCCGACGCUACGACUCGCCAGGGACAAUACAUCGACUUGGCGCAAUGCUCGCAUGGAGCCGAUCCCGCCUGCAUCCGCACAUUGUACAACGUCGACUACAGAGGCACAGGGCGAUCGUCUGUUGGUGCCAUUUGCUAUAACAACGACGAUGCCUCUCACGCCGACCUCCACACCUUCCUUACCAGAUACGAUACCAGCAUACCAAGCUCUACAGACUACCGCGAUGUCAAUAUCGACAGCUCUGUUAACCCUAGUAUCAACAACGGUGAACCUAUUCUUGACAUCGAGAUGCAGGUGUCAUUGGGCUACCCAAACCAGGCUUCCCUCAUUCAUGCUACUAGUACGGGUACCUAUGACGAUAUUCUUGGUGUAACCAAUUAUCUCAACACUAAUGAUGGUGCUCCCCAUGUCGUUAGCGCCUCGUACGAUUCCGCAGAGCCAUCCACCGGAAAUCAAUACACCACGCGUAUCUGCAAUGAGUUUGCUAAAGCCACUUCUCGUGGUAUCACAGUGCUUGUCUCCUCCGGUGACUUUGGCGUCGCCGGCAUCGGUGGCAGCUGCGGAACAAAGUUUGCGCCUACAUUCCCUAGUGGUUGCCCGUACAUCACAACUGUUGGAGCUACUACUCUAUCCUCUAAUGGACAGACUGAGACUGCCGCCAAAUUCAACUUUAUAAAAAACGGAUACAGUGCCGGUGGCUUUUCGAGCAUCUUCAGCGCCCCUGACUGGCAAGCCAAUGACACCGCAACAUACAUUCAGAACUUUGCCCCGGCUUCUUAUAACGGCAAGUACAACAAAGCUGGCCGUGGAUUCCCAGACAUUGCUCUGCUUGGCACCAAUAUCAAGACGGUUUACAAGGGCGACAACUAUUUAUCAGAAGGCACUUCUGCCUCCGCUCCAAUGUUGGCUGGCCUCCUCAGUCAAAUUAAUGACGACCGCCUCGCCAACGGAAAGAGUCUUCUUGGCUUCAUCAACAAGCGUCUUUACACCGACAAUGCUGUUCGUGCUGCUUUGAGGGAUGUGACUACCGGCAACAACCCUGGUUGUGGUACCAACGGCUUCAGCGCCUCCACAGGCUGGGAUCCCGUCACGGGCCUGGGCAGCAUUAACUUUGCUGCUUUGCGCAAGGCUCUCUCCAACUAA